AGACGGAGCUGGAGCGGCGGGGCGGCGGCGGAGUCCGGCGGCCGGGAGAGCGAGUGAGCGAGCGGAGGAGCAGCGACCCGGGGGUCUAGGGAGCGAGAAGGAGAAGGAGGGGAGCGCCCGGGCGCGAGCGAGAGAAACCGCGAGCGCCGAGCUUGGGCUCGAGCCCCGGAACGGCUGAGGAGCUCGCCCGCUCCCCUCCCCUCCCCCUCCCCGGGCCCGGGCCCAGCGCGCCAUCCUCCCCCCCUCCUUCCCUCCCUCCCUCCUUCCUCCCUCCCCUCUCCCUCCCCCUCCCCCGCCGGUGGAUGGGAGUGAAGGACGGAAGAGGCCCUGCGGAGGCGGCGGUGCAGCGCUCCGAUUUAAAGCCGUGGACCACCUAUUUGCAGCACUUGCCUUUAAUGCUGGAGUUAGGAGAUUUGAGGUGGAAUGAAUCUUACUUGUUGAAUAUCUCCUGGUUACCAGUUGGAUUCAUUUGUGAAAGAAUCAUUUUCCCCUGUGUGGAAGACACUCAGUGGCAUAUUUUAAAUUAUAAGUCCACGGAUCAAAAAGCUUUUUGAUUUCCCAAAGGAGGGACAUUACCACUAUAUCAGAUAAGCUUGACAUUACAGCCAAGAUGGUGCUGUCCCAGAGACAACGAGAUGAACUAAAUCGAGCUAUAGCAGAUUAUCUUCGUUCAAAUGGCUAUGAAGAGGCAUAUUCAGUUUUUAAAAAGGAAGCUGAAUUAGAUAUGAAUGAAGAAUUAGAUAAAAAGUAUGCUGGUCUUUUGGAAAAAAAAUGGACAUCUGUUAUUAGGUUACAGAAGAAGGUUAUGGAAUUAGAAUCAAAGCUAAAUGAAGCAAAAGAAGAAUUUACGUCAGGUGGACCUCUUGGUCAGAAACGAGACCCAAAAGAAUGGAUUCCCCGUCCGCCAGAAAAAUAUGCAUUGAGUGGUCACAGGAGUCCAGUCACUCGAGUCAUUUUCCAUCCUGUGUUCAGUGUUAUGGUCUCUGCUUCAGAGGAUGCUACUAUUAAGGUGUGGGAUUAUGAGACUGGAGAUUUUGAACGAACUCUUAAAGGACAUACAGACUCUGUACAGGACAUUUCAUUCGAUCACAGCGGCAAGCUUCUGACUUCCUGUUCUGCAGAUAUGACCAUUAAACUAUGGGAUUUUCAGGGCUUUGAAUGCAUCAGAACCAUGCAUGGCCACGACCACAAUGUCUCCUCAGUAGCCAUCAUGCCCAAUGGAGAUCAUCUAGUGUCCGCUUCAAGGGAUAAAACCAUAAAAAUGUGGGAAGUGCAAACUGGCUACUGUGUGAAGACAUUCACAGGACACAGAGAAUGGGUACGUAUGGUACGACCAAAUCAAGAUGGCACUCUGAUAGCCAGCUGUUCCAAUGACCAGACUGUGCGUGUGUGGGUCGUAGCAACAAAGGAAUGCAAGGCUGAGCUCCGAGAGCAUGAGCAUGUGGUAGAAUGCAUUUCCUGGGCUCCAGAAAGCUCAUAUUCCUCCAUCUCUGAAGCAACAGGAUCUGAGACUAAAAAAAGUGGUAAACCUGGGCCAUUCUUGCUGUCUGGAUCCAGAGACAAGACUAUUAAGAUGUGGGAUGUCAGUACUGGCAUGUGCCUUAUGACCCUUGUGGGUCAUGAUAACUGGGUACGUGGAGUUCUGUUCCAUUCUGGGGGGAAGUUUAUUUUGAGUUGUGCUGAUGACAAGACCCUGCGCGUGUGGGAUUACAAGAACAAGCGAUGCAUGAAGACCCUCAAUGCGCAUGAACACUUUGUUACCUCCUUGGAUUUCCACAAGACGGCACCCUAUGUCGUCACUGGCAGCGUAGAUCAAACAGUAAAAGUGUGGGAGUGCCGUUGAUUGCGUCUCCUUCGGCCCCUCCUCCCUCUUUUCCUCUGGAUGCACUCUGAUGAUACCAUGGUUACCCCCAUUGAGCUCUGUUUAAAUAAAUAUUGUCCUUUCAUGUAAAUUAUUCUGGAUGUAGAUUGAGCUUAUUAAAUGUUACACACAAAGUAUUCAUGCAUGGUGAAUCCAAAUUGUAUACUGUAAAUUUACAUACGUUGUCUAGAAGUACCAUAGGGGUUUAAAAACCUGGGCUGGCAUUGGUCACACCAGGCCUAAGAAGGCAGAAGUUGAAUCAUUUGAACUAGGGCACUAAACUGAAUAGUUGACAGUGUCAUUUUAUGUUGGAUUAUUAAUUCCUGUUUUUCUUUCUGCUAUCUGUUGGUGCCUGACUUGAUGGCCUCAUUUGGGGAAAAGUGGUGGUUAUUAGGGCUUUUUCUGAAAUGUGUAUCUAUGUAACAUCACUUAAGUGUGCUUAAUAAAUCUUUAAGGAUUUUAGAUAAUAAGGCAACAAUUCAGAAUCUUCUGAACCAUCUAUGUAAUGAAUGGGGAUUACACAUUGGAUUUUUCUCAUGACACAUUUGCCAAAUCAGUAGGAUAUAUUUGUUUUGGCAGCCUAUCAAGCAAAGGCUAGUGGUAUAUUUAUGUAAGAAAAUGACUGUAAAUCUCAAGAAAAAUCUCAGCAGCUAAUUGCAACUCAUUUAUUUCAUUUCGGUCUUAAUGCUUUGUAAACAGGUCAAAAAAUCCUAUCAUACUCUAAGCUUCUAUUUUACACACUAGACAUACUUCUAGUUGUAUUCUCCAUACUAUUAGACUGUAGUGAUGUGACUUCCAAGUAGAAUGUAAUCUUCCCAUUGAGUGUGUCAUGGUACAAAUCACUAUUUGUUUUUGGUGUUUUUUAGGGAUGUGCAAUGUGCAUUACAUAAUGACAGAAGUACUGAGAAGGUUCUGUGUGCCCAUUUGAAAGGAGAGGGAGGAAUACAGCAGUUGGUUUUUCAACAUGAAUCUGAUAAUUGAUUUAAACUGUGUUUCACUUACAGGUUUUAUAAAAUGACAGGGUUUAAUGGAGCGUGCAUAAAAAUGUACUGUUUUCACCUUUUGUUUAUAUGUAAAUGUUUGUAAGUAUAUGGGCCUAUCUGUAAGUGGAUAAGUCUAUAUGUGUGUAUCAUACACAUCAACCUCCACGUCCUUAGUCCUGGGUUUUUGAAAAAGUGCUAAAACGGACAAGUAGAAUAAAUCUUGCUGUGGAAUGCCAUGCUUUAGAACAAACCCUUUUUGAUCUUAAUGCUUCUGAAAACUAGGUCUGACUCUGGGGAUUUUUUCCAGCCGAAGGAAAAUCACUUCCGUUAUUUCCCCCUCUAAUUUAGCCGCUUGACAUUUUACACAGCCCAGAUAUAUUGUAUAUUUUGACCCAAAGUUACAAGUAGGUUUAAGAGAAUUUUUACCCAUGACUUUUGGAGCACUAUUCCAUUGUCAGUUAUUAAUAAAGAAUUCCAUUGCUUAGCUAACCAACGGGUUUUUUUUUUUUUCCCAAGAAAGUUAUUUGAAAAGUUAACAGAACAAUGAGAUAACAGUGACAGUUUAACAGAGAGAAAAUUCUGAAUUGCAUUUUAUUCAUUUGUGUACUACGUGAUUUUUUAAAUGUCCCCUUUAGUAUUUAAUGGAAAUUUGGUUCCUGCAAAAGACGAAGGGUGAGAGUUAACGUCCUGUAGAUACACACAGAGACUAGGCCGUCUAUUAACUAGAAGCAACUUUAUGUCUAGCUUGUGUCUUUUUGUUUGUUUGUUUGCUUGUUUGUUUUUAGAUUCCUGAGAGAUGUCUCUGGAAGGGAAAGUUUUGAGAACUAAUGGCUAUUUUUGAGGACAAAAAUUACAUCUUAAUUAAGCUAAUUCCUUAAAUACAUACAAGUAGGUGAAUUUUCAGGACAAUAUUGCCUCACAACCCUGCUUACAUUGAAAAGUCUUUUUCCCUUAGCUCUUCUGACUGGAUUUUUCUACAAAAACUAUGGAAAAUAUCUUUGUUCUUGUUUGCUGCUAUUUUCUGUCCUAUUUUGAGAAAUAUAAAUACAUAGAAAUGGUGCAUCUUAACAUUUGUUUGUACAUGUAUAAAUGUCUUGUAUUUUAAUUCAUUUUUAGCAUGAAUUGUUUAAGGGUAAGCCACAACAUCUAGAAAUCACUCAUAGAUAAUUGAACAAUAAAGGAGAAUGGUACCGAUGCAGGAGGAAGCAAGCGUGUCUUCCCCUGCGGCACACAGCGACUUGCGUUGAGAAGGAGGAGGAAACGAUUACUCUAAACAAAGUUAUCCUUACUUGGGAGAUUGCCACAGCCUGCUGCUGAGUUGAGUUACCAGACAUCCUCCAUGUGAGAAGCAGCGAACAUUGAAUCUCAGGGAUGGCCCACAACUGGGUCCACAUGUAACGAGCCCUGUUUAAUAACGAAGGGGUUGGGGAGAGCAGUCCGUCUACAACCUGGAAUCAGAUUUGCAAAGGUUUCCUGCACUGCUGUCUGACACUGUCCUGUUGAUGCCCUUUCUGACUGUGUUCUCUGUUUUCUCUGUCUGCUGUCUAACCCUGUGCCUUGCCUGGGAUAAGGACAAUGAUGAGGUUACUGGUUUGGAUUGUAAGUAGAGGACUUUUAUUAAUUGGUUUAGAGGUUCACUGCUGCUUUGUCACUUUCUCAAUCAAAUUGGCCACUUAUUUAAGAAAUAAAAAGCUGGUAGAAUUGCAUCCUCAGAUGAUUAUUGACUGUGUGUGUGUGUGUGAAAACAGACAUUCCAGUGCCACCCAAGUAUCUCUUACGUGCCCAAGAAAUCCUAGCUGUGCUCUGGAGAGUGCAAGCCAUGGAAACUGUUCAGACAGCGCGUGGAGCCUAGUUGCCUGUUGUCACAGCAGCUUGCGCUUUAGGAGACUAAGACAGUCCUGGUUCGUCUGUGUGUGGUGUGACCAGUGGUGUGCCCAGAGCACUCCUCUCAGAAUCACUAGUGUUAGCAAGUCGUCCCAGGCUGGGGAGCACUCGCUGUAGUCUUUGGAAAGCUUUGGCUUUAGAUUUACCAAGCCCCGUCUCCCCACUGCCAGUGCCCUGCUCUCCCGUUCGCCUCUUUCUGUUUAUGUGUGAACUUCCCAGUAAUAUCACUCGUUAAAUAGAUUUUCUUUAAAUUUAUUUAAAGAACAACUAUUUAAAAGUAAAGGAUAUUUUGUUGACAUUGGUGGCUUGAUCGUCCUUAAGCAACUGAAGUUAAAAUUGUUGAAGGAAAAGGCACUUAAACUGGUUACUCUUUCUUGUCCAGCUGUAUAUAAGUCCAGUGUGUUCAUUAAUCUAGCUGACACAAAGAAGAAUCUCCUGGUAGAGAAGCGACGUGUAAAAAACUGGUGGAAAAAGGUUUUGGAUUUUUUUCCAGUGGGGUGGGGGGAGGGCAAGCUGGAUUUACAGGUCACGGCUGGACUGAAUGGGCCUUUUUAUCUUCCCACCGUAUCAUGGAAGUAGCUGCUUGCUUGUACUGCCUAUCCUUCAGGCAUCCCUAAAGCUCACUCUGAAGAUGGUAGAGACAAACACAGACUCCUGGAGUCAAAGUUGAUCCUGACACUGACACGAAGGCAAGCCUUGAUUUCAUAUGAACAUUGCAGAGGUGGCGAUUGAGAAAACAGUUCCCCAGAUUGUAAGAGUUCACUGAAGAUAUUGACACAAUUUAAAAAAACAAAUCAGUAAAGGAAUGUAUAUAAUAUUGCUCUCGUGUUUUACAGUAAGAUUUGUUGCUCUCAGACUGUGUAAAACAAAAUUUAUUCAUGUUUUCUGCAUAUUAAAAAAUCUUAUUGUACCAAUUGGUAAACUAUUAAAUGCCUAUAAAACUA